AUGCUCAACGCCCUUUUCAGUCGUCUGCGGACCUUUUCAAGUCGAGCAGUGUCUAAUGAACCUAUUCAUCUUCUUCUACGUCCUGAACAACUUCUUUCCGACCGGUACACAAUCCUCGAGCAGCUGGGACGAGGCCGACAAGCCACCGUGUGGCUCGCCGAGGACCGAAAUGUUACUGGCUCUCGUGUAGCCAUCAAGGUAUUGACCGACGUUGCCACUUACGGUCAGGGCAGGGUUUCCUACGAGAAACGCGUUAUGGAACGCAUCUCUCGUAUGCCCACCGCCAACGAUGACACAAGUCACCUUUUGCAUCUAAUCGACGAGUUCACUAUGAACGGCGAUCACGGAGAACACCUGUGUCUGGUUACGGAGGUUCUUGGCUCUUCUGUCUUGGAUCUGCAGCGUCGCAAUAUCAAUGGAAAGCGUGCUAUAGCGCCUCUGCCGCAGCAGGUCGUUAAGCAACUUGCACGGCACGUUUUGCGCGCGCUUCAGACCCUGCAUGAAGAUUGUUCCGUCGUCCAUACCGACAUUAAGCCUGAUAACAUCCUUUUAAAAGGCGUCAUCGUUAAGACUGACCCUGAAGACUAUUGGACGGAUGUCCUCGCUACCAGGGCUGUCCUUGUCGACUAUGGCUCAGCGGUUCCGCUGGACUCGGAUGUGAAACACGAUCACAUCAUUCAGCCUCACGCACUUCGAAGUCCAGAAGCGCUUGUAGGUUGCCCUUUCGAUGUCAAGACCGACAUAUGGAAUUUUGGCUGUCUUAUAUUUGAACUGCUUACGGCUCGCAACCUUUUUCAACCUAAGAGAGUUGAAGGCUGCAGCCCCUUGCAGUACCACCUCGCUCGAAUCUUUGGGACGCUCGCAGAUGACAGCGAGAUGCAACGCCUGACGAGCUUCCUCCGGACCGGCCAUUUCAACGACCACUACUUUGAUGAGAACGGCAACCUUAUCAUCACUCAGGAAGCUCGUUACCGCCAGUCGCUCCCUGAAGUCCUCAAGGUAUACAAUGUGUAUACUCCCGAGCUGCUUGAGCUACUUACAGCGAUGCUUUGCAUCCACCCUGUGGACCGUCCGUCCGCUCGAGAGCUUUUGAUGAUGCCCUGGUUCCAAGUGUAGACCGCAUGAUGAUUCUUUCGCUAGUCUACGCUGUCCUUACUGGUUUUCCGUUUGUAAUCAGUACCCAUCUAUCGUUUUAC